CACGCCGAAACCUCGAGAACGAAGAUCGACUGCUAUCCCAUUGAAUUUCGAAGAACAAAACGUGAAAAUCAUCACAAUUUCACUUCUAGAUUAUUUGAAACGGACGUCUUGAGGCUUGAAUUGAACUGUGUUUUUGACUUUGACGGCUGAGGCGCGAAGCUAGUUCCCAAGUAAGUUGAUAAAGAAAGAGAUGACUAAGAGAGACUAUGAAAAUGACGAAUACGAGGAGGAAGAUGAUUCUGAUCAUGAGGAGGUAGACACAGAGGAUGAAGAAAUGGACGAUGAAGAAAUGGACGAUGAUGAUGAUGAUGAGGACAAUGAGCAUGAUGAUAAGGCACAAGAUGAUGAGGACAUAGAAGAGCUUCAGAAAGAAUUGGAAGAUAUCAAUCAUAUGGAACAAGACAUUUUGAGGAAUUUGAAACGUCACAAAGAUGAUGAUAUUCUGAAAGGGCAGGCAGUCAAAAAUCAAAAGGCCUUAUGGGACAAAACUCUGGAAUUGAGAAUCUCGCUGCAGAAACCUUUCUCUAAUUCAAACAGACUUCCAAUGGACCCAUUCAGAGAUUCUAUCUGUAAGUCGAAUGAAAGUGUUAAUGAAGCUUACUCUGAUUUGAUCAACUCAUCCAAGAAGACUUUGGAAUCUAUACUGGAACUCCAAGAGGCAUUACUUCAGCAAAAUCAAUCUAUUACCCAAGCUACAGAUGGUAAACGUGAACAACCAAUUAAGGGUACAGGUGCAGCAAGUUCUGAUCUAGAAUAUGAUGAAGAAUGGUUGCGUAUUUCUCAAAUGCAAGCCAGGAUGGCGUCUUUCAGAAACAAGUCAAUUGAUAAAUGGCAGAGGAAAACACAGGUGACAACAGGUGCUGCUGCAAUGAAAGGAAAACUACAGGCAUUUAAUCAGAAUAUCAGUGACCAAGUUGCUGCAUAUAUUAGAGAUCCAACCAGAAUGUUAAAGGGAAUGCGACUUUACAGAUCAAAGGUUGCUGUAUUUGGGACGACGGUUCAAGAGACAGCUGGAACAGAGCAGGAUAAAAACGAAGAUGGUGAUCCUGAACUUUUGGACGACUCCGAAUUUUUCCAACAAUUGCUGAAGGAGUUCUUUGAAAAUAUAGAAGACCCUGCAUCAUCUGAGGCAGCAAUGUAUGCUCUAAAGAGAACGCAGAAUAAGAAAAGGAAGAUUGUUGAUCGACGUGCCUCAAAGAGUCGAAAGAUCAGGUAUAAUAUCCACGAGAAGAUUGUCAAUUUCAUGGCUCCUCAACCGUUUAGCUUGCCUCCUAUGGCUCCUCAAUUGUUUGAGAAUUUGUUUGGCUUGAAAUCAAAGAAAAUAGCUUCACCUGUAGUAGAAUAGGAAAUUCAUGUUACUGGGUUAAAACGAUUGUUUGUUUGUUUGUUGUAUCGUCUCUCAAAUGUUGCGUAUCUUAAAAAAUUUUGUUUCGAUGUUUUAUCCUUCAAUUUAACGUUUAAGUGGAUGACAAUGGCUAGAACAAUUUGCCCCAUUGUAUACUCAUUUCGUUGAGUUCUCUCAUUAUAUUUUAUUAUAUUUUUCUUUAUUUAU